AUGCUUCCUGAAUUCCCAACAAACCCUAAUGCCUUAAAUAAGCUCAAAGUGGAGUUUCAUGCAAUUGCGGGAUUUCCUAAUGUAGUAGGAGCAAUAGAUGGGACACAUGUAAGGCUGCAGGCCCCCUCUUCGGAUGAGCAUCUAUAUGCCAACAGAAAGGGAUACCACAGCAUUAAUGUGCAAGCAAUAUGUGACGCCAAUUUAAAAAUAACAAAUUGUGUGGCUCGCUGGGCAGGAUCAACCCACGACUCCAGGAUCCUGCUGCAAUCACAUAUUGGACAGGCAUUUGAGCAGGGCCUUAUUGAUGGUAUUCUCCUGGGUGACUCUGGCUAUCCCCUCAAGCCUUGGCUCCUUACCCCAUACCUAAAUCCAAGAAAUCGCAGUGAGGAAAGGUACAACCAUGCUCACUGCAAAACCAGAAAUACAGUUGAGCGCAACUUUGGAGUUCUGAAGAGGAGGUUCCAUUGCCUCCAUGGAGAGCUUCGGAUGUCACCAGCAAGGGUCUGCAAAAUAAUUGGUGCCUGUGUGGUCCUCCAUAAUAUGGCAAGAGAUCUAGCCCUUUCGGAGCCUUAUGAGCCAGAGCUUGGAAUGGUGGUGGAUGCAGAGCCCGCACAGGAAAAUGAGCCUGACAUGGAGCAAGGUGCUGGCCGCUAUGUCCGGCAGGCACUGGUGGAGACAAUCUUCUCAGCAUGA